AUGAGGUGGUGGUGGCUGCCCCUGACGCUGGUGCUGGGCUCCUGGCUCCCUGGACACCCAGGCACGCAGGCAGGGAGCCCUGCCUUGUGGCUGUGGGUGGCCCUGCUGGGCUGGCUCCCUGGGCUGCAUGCCUGCCUCGCCUGCUAGCCCCCCGUUCAGCGGGAACAGCUCUGCCACAACAUCACUGGAGCCCCCCCCAGGGACCCCCGACAUCAGCACUGCCUCGAUGCCCUGACCCAGGCUGCUGCACCCCUCGCCUCUGUCACUGUGGGGUCAGGGCAGCGCCAGGCACUGGGGGAGAUCAUUGUGGAUGCCCUGCACGUUCUGGAGCAGCAGAACCACACGAAGCCCCUUGAGGAGUCUCUGGAGGAAGCCAUCAACACCAUCUGGGUGAAGCUGAGCCAUCUGGAGGAAGCUCCCGCCUGCAUCCCACCCUGUGGCUACCAGCCAGCCGCCCGCGUCUUCCAGUGUGCAACCUGCCGCCACGUGGACUGCCCUUUCCCCCGCGACUGCCCAGCACAGGACAUCUGGGCCCACGCGGACGAAGCCCUCACCCUGCACUGCGAGGUGCCCUUCGCCACCCCCCCGAAUCUGCCCAUCACCUGGAUGUUUUCCCCCAGCUGCACACCACAGGAUCUGGCGGUGUUUGAGGAGCUCCAAAGGACUCCGGAGGGACUGCUCAGUCUCACCCUCCAGGACCCCACUCCGGGAACCAUCGCUUGCUGCCUGGGGUUCCUUUCCGAUCCCGUGGCCCGCAAGUACUUCUACCUCACUGUGACAGGAGGCAGCGUGGAGGCAGAGCGCGGGAAUCCAGGCGCAGUUUCCAAGCUGUGCCAGCGCUGGCCCAACCCCCAGGAUCCCCCCGGACUAUCAUCCAAACCACUGGUGCUCUGGGUGCUCUUGGCUCCAUGCUGCUCGUGGGUGCUGAUAGUAGCCUCCUGAAAUGCUGGAGCCUCCACAGACGUAGACAAGAGGCACCCCCAGAGGAGAGCAGACUCCAAGAUAUUCCCUA